UUCCCUGUCACGGAGUGAACCUGAACGACCGGCCCACUAGACAGUAGGACGGGCUUCAAACCUAAAGGGGAGGCGGACUAAACGUCGUGCUGACUGUAGACUCUAUAAUAUUUUAGUGCAUAACAACAUUCAUGCUUUCCUAGCUUAAACCAAACAAAUCAAAUCACUCUAAGGUUUUUUUUGGAUUAUGCCAGUAGAGUCAUCACAGGACACUCCCCUUGUCCAGUAUCACCACCGUCACCCAAGCCACCACCACCAUCAUUUUUUGCCAUGCUACGCUGAGGGCCUGGGUCUGGUUCCAGGACCAGAUGACCUUUGUCUGUCCAGUACAGCAGAGCAUAUAGCAGCUUCAGCAGCAGCCCUAUCACUUGAUAGUAAUGACAAUCUCAUAAGCACUCAUAGCCCACCACUCAUCAACUUAAGUCCGAACCUCAGCCCCUCUUCUGAAUCUCGUGUUUCACCAUUUUAUGAUUUUAGGGAGACCACCAGACGACGAAGCGCCCAGGAUUCUCACAGUGGUAACCACCCAAUGCAACACUCCCCUCAAGUCAUCUCUGGAUAUAUAACUGCUGACGACUCUGGAAGAAAGACGGAAAGCCCAGCACGAAAACGUCGCAAGAUUGGAGCAUCUCUUCAAGAUCUGACCAACUCGAGCAGCCCUCCCCCUUACGUGACCAGGAGCAGCGACCUGACGACAGAGGCCCGGGUUGAUCGCCGCAGGACGUUGCCAGCCAGACGAGCUUCAGGAGAGAGGGCAGUGACCCCGAGACCUCGCAGAAGCAAUAGCACACGCCGCCGCACUCGCGACAGGGUCCCCACAUCUUCCACCACGGCCACACCUGAUGAGCGCCGAGCCUUCCAGCCCCCCAACCCACCACACCUCCAUGUGGCCACCAACCCUGCAUUCCUGGCCAGACAGAUCCACCCAGCCAUGUUGUCAGCACAACAUCCACCCUCUGUCUUAGAACACCUUGAGCAGGUGUCAAUGUCUGGUCCAAUGCAAAUGGGUCCCUAUGUACCCCUGUGUGCUACAGCCACACCCCACCCGCUGAGUAUGUGUGCACCCAUGCCCCAGAUGCACAUGGGCAGCUCAGCUGCGAUGCCUUCUUGGUCUCUGGCCAGCCUCCCAGUGAGGCUUCAGUCCUGCACCCUCCCCCACUGCACCCUCCCUCACCCCAUCCCCCAAUAUCUACCGUCCAGUCACCACCCCCAGCAUCAACCACCGCCUCCCCCCCAGGCUCACAUACCAAUGCCCCCUCACAUCCCAGGACUGCAUCACCAGCAUCAGCACAGACCAUACCACCACCCUCACCAACAACCCCAGCAACAACAACGUCAUGGACAAAGUACACAGGAAGAAGAUGUCCACUCAGUGCUGUCUGACCAGAGGAGUGCCAGUGUGUACCCCCUCCACCCCAGCUUUCACCAUCAUCACCACCACCAUCACCACCACCCGGCCGCGGCUGCUGCCCUGGCCUCCUCCCACCCGUCACACACUGGUCACCCCCACAGCCUUCCCCACCCCAUCACCUCAUCACAGUCUGUCAUCCUGCAAGAGCCAACAGUUCAUCCUACGCCAGACAUUUAUGGAACCUUAUCGCGCUACUAUUCACGGCGAUCUAGCACCAGAAGCCGUGUCCGCAUGCAACAGCAGUACAGCUCUGGAUUUUUGCUGCAGUUCCUUGCCAUGCUGGGUAGUCCUCCUAUGCCACAAUAUGGGCGGGAUAUGGACAACCCAGAGGAAGUAGAGAACUAUGAGGCGCUGCUGUCUUUGGCUGAACGACUUGGCGAGGCCAAACAAAAAGGGCUGACCAAGACGGACAUUGACCAGCUGCCUGUGUACAGGUUCAGCAGUGAGGCCGUGCGCUCCGAGUCCGACCAGACCUCCUGCGUGGUCUGCAUGUGUGACUUUGAGGCCAAACAGCUGCUCCGUGUCCUCCCCUGCUCUCAUGAAUUUCAUGCAAAAUGUGUGGAUAAAUGGCUCAAGACAAAUCGUACCUGUCCCAUCUGCCGACAAGAUGCCACAGAAUCCAGUGGAUGUGUAGAAUAGCACAGACUGAAGGCUCUGUACUGAUGUAGACCCAGAAAGAUGAACCCUUCCUUACCAGAGAGCUGACAUUGUGCACCCCCAUACAGGGCUUCACAGAAAUUUGAUUCCAUUGCUACUCAUUUUUCAUAAUCAGGGACUGUUCUGUUGGAGUUAAACAAUCUAUUCUUUAAAACAGAGCAUUUCAAUACUUUUUUGUACAGCCUGACAGGAGAGUGACAAACCUUCACAGUUUGCCAAAGAUGGAAGUUCAUUCUUCACAGAGGAUCUCAUGGAAUCAGUUUUGAGGGGG